UAAAAAGGAAGUUGAAAUGACCGUUUAUGCGUUGCCCUUUUCUUUGUAUUACGUGUAGUUUCUGAUGUUUUACAGCUCAAGUAAGUGUGGUGUGAAUUUUGAAUUGAUGCUUGUGAGAUAAUCUGUGAUGUCUGCCAUAAGGAGCCUUGGGUAGAAUCUCUUUCAAACCAAUUCUUCAGCGGAAAAACGUUAAUUUCAUUAUUCAUUCAUUUGUUUUUUAUUCAUACUAGUGUUAUAAUCAAAACAUCGUGGUAUCUGUAAGCGUUUGUCUGCUAAACAAAGGGUCUACUUUCUAAACAUUUUCGCCGAUAUAAGCAAGUCAAAAUAUUAUGCCCGAAUCUUAGAUGCUUUGUUUACAUGUGUCGUCAAAAAUUUUUGGAAUGCGAAAUAUUGUUGAAAUCAGUGUUAUAAGCUUUUGGCUCAUACAGCGUCCUAAGGAGGAGUGAGUUGAUUUUUAAAGAGAAUUAUGCGUGGAGUGGAGACUAAUCACAAAGAGUCCUUUUUUUAAACCAAAACGGCUCAGAGCUACAAAUCGUAACUUCCGUUGCGCGGUAACGGGAACCAGUCUCACUUAACAGUUUCAAAUGAUUACUAAUAAUAUCAAAUCGAUAUUCGAUGCUGCCGUGGUUCUGUUCAGUAAUGAAUCAAAAUACGGUAAAGUAAAAAAGUUCUUUGUUUUAUCUGUCCUCUUAGAAGUGGUGAGUAAGAACAAAAAAAUGUUGUACAAUUCCGCUCGUUACAUAACUGUCGACAGUUGACGUGUCUCGUGACAAUCAGAAGGCGUCUUAAAAUCUGAUAGAUAACAUUGUUUGUUUGUUUCUAAUCUCCCGUAACAAACCGAACGUUGUGUCAGUCAGGCACGUGCAAACAUAGGCCUUCAGUGGAGAAGGUCGUUUUAGGGUCUGAAUGCUUAAAUAACCGGGAAAGCGAUCGACAUUUCAAUGUUUAUUCAAAACUUAUAACAAAAUUCUCGAAAGUGAUUGGUUAUCAUCAGCUCGAUUUGAGCAUUAGUAGGACAUGCGUCAUGCUUGUAAUUGGACAGUGUUAUAGGACAGUUAAAGGGACAGUUCACACGUCAUGCAUGUGUAAUUGAACGCGUCAUGUGCGUGCGCUGUUGUCUCGCAUUUCGCUGUGUUAACUGUUGUUUUUUUAAUGAAAACGUAUAACCGACGUUCAGUUUCUUUUUCAAAUUUUGUCAUCGUUUUGAUUAAUUGGUAACAGGACUUCGUGUCUUCCAAUUCUGUCUGUAAUCAUGCUAGUGAUUAUCAAAUCGGACUCACGCUUCGCGGUCAUCCGAUUUUGUUAAUCACUCAUAUGAUUACAGACCGAAUUGGAUUUCACUCGGUCCUUCAUCCAUUACAAAUAAAAAAAAGUUAAUUCCCUUGCUUUCCUCGCCUGAUACCAGAAUUACGAUUGCAUUAGAUUGAACCGUCAGUUGCUUGACGAUAUUCCUAGAAUAUUCUUCUAGAGGGUGGGAGGAUUUUUGCGGGAUCCCAUGGUAAUUAACUCUUUCCACCCUAACAUCCAAAUGCAUAUUCUCCAAACUGUUCUGUAUACAUUUCCUAAGGAACUGAUAAGAGAAUUUGUUUAACAAUCAAGAACUUCUUUGAUCGUUGAUCAUUUUCUUUAUUCUCAUGACCUUAAUGUUUGAUCCAGGAGUGACCAUGUGAGGAGAGUUUAGAUGUGAGGUCACUCUCAGGGGUUAAAGGGUCGAAGGGGAGCUUUGAGGGAGAGACCAAAGAAAAUUGCGCUUUUCUUUUAUCCCAAUUAUUCCCUUUCCUUUCCCCUCUUCCUUAUUUUUGGAAUCUGGGAACGCAGGCUCUGAUAAGGUAAAUUAUUCAUAUUGCAUUGAUAAGAUGUAGAACAUAUGUAUUUUAAGCUUAAGUUUCAUCUAAAAAGGCUCAGUUUUCGUAUACCUUUUCGUUCUGCUUAAUUUCAACUCUUUAAAUUCGUGUUGGAGCGAGAUUAAGAUUGAUUUUUUUUCCAUGAUCACCUAAAAUGGGGGUGGGGGGGGGGGUUAGACGAAAUUAUCGGAAUACUGCAAAGCCUUGUGGGUUGGAUCGGGUAAAUUUCUUUGUGACACGAUCAAAUCCUCCCCCCACCGGCGAUAAAUGAUGACUGCCUAUUCAUUAAGUUUUUUUAAAUUAUCUUCAUCAAUGACAGUUCUACUUGGUUGAUUUUUCUCAUCAAGCAAAUCCAACAUCAACAAAGUAGGAUGGCAGAGGACAAUGAAACCCUUCCCCCGACGAAUCAGGAAGAAAAAUUCAAUGGACUUUUUCCACUUGUGAUAGCUAUAAUUUCCAUUAUAACUAUAGUAGUGAACCUUCUGGUGAUUGUGACUUUGUAUAAGAAACCGCGCACUGAAUUACGGAUCGUUUCCAACAGCCUUGUGUUGAACCUUGCUAUCGCUGACCUGAUGAUGGGCCUUGUAGGUGAACCUCUUUGGAUAAGCCUUCAUUGGGUAGAUGGUGGAGUAAGCAUGAUGUUAAUGAGCGACUCACCAAGUACGUUGUGUGUCACAACUAGAUCAGUGUUGGUCAUAGCAGCUAUCGCUUCAAGAUGCACUUUGUUCUUUCUUACAGUGGAGAGAUAUGUGGCCUUAGAGAUGCCUCUACGAAGAGAAAAGCUGUUUGGUGGAAUGGCUUUGAAAUUAUACAUUUUUCUUAUUUGGCUUGAUGGAUUAGUUAACGCCCUACUCAUUUCCUUUCCUUUUCACACAAAGGCAAUACGGCUAAUUUUCUUUAUCCUUCCUCAGUUUGAACUGGUUGUCAUCUUCGUUUUGUAUGUGCGCAUGUUCAUAAUCAUCCGAAAAUUCAACAAGAUUCUACUCGCCAAUGAAGUCCGACAACCGCUUGUUCAAUCAGGAGAUGCGUUUAAAUUGGCUCGAAAACGGGAGUUUUCCUUUGCAAAGAACAUUUUUCUUCUAGUUGGAACAUUUUUGUUGUGCUAUCUACCAUUUUCUGUCACUCGCGUUGUUGAAUACUUCAGCGACGGAGUGCGAACUUCACUUUUUUUUCAAGAAUUGUUACUAAUCCUAUACGUAUCAAAAUGCGCUCUAGAUCCCAUAUUAUACACAUUUAUUAUUCCAGGUUAUCGAUGGCGAGUUAAAGAGAUGGUCUAUAACUUUGCGAAGACCUGCGCCGACCGAUUACCAUCAGCUAGUAAUGGCGCAGGAAACCCCUAA